AUGAACCUCUGUUUUACAACACUUUCUUCGGUAACCGUUCUUGUGAGCUUCACAAUCGUUUCUGUCGUGGGUUGCAGUCGAUCGGCAGAAAAUUACGAUCAUACAAACGGGGAACGAAUCGUUGGAGGUGUUCCAGUUGAUAUUCGGGACUAUCCGUAUCAAGUGUCUUUGCGUCGUGGAAGACACUUUUGUGGUGGAUCUAUUAUAGACAGCCAAUGGAUACUAACUGCAGCCCAUUGUACUAGAACCAUCAAUGCUCGUAACCUUUGGAUUCACGUCGGAUCGUCUCAUGUGAAUGAUGGAGGCGAAUCGGUUAGAGUACGACGAAUAUUGCACCAUCCUAAGCAAAAUUCUUGGAGUGAUUACGAUUUCUCACUACUUCACCUUGACCAACCACUUAACCUUAGUGAGUCGGUUCAACCGAUUCCGUUACGUAAACCAUCGGCAAGCGAACCAACCGGUGAACUAUCGGACGGAACACUGUGCAAAGUGUCCGGCUGGGGAAACACUCACAAUCCGGACGAGUCCGCACUCGUCUUGCGGGCUGCCACCGUUCCCCUUACCAACCAUCAACGGUGCAGUGAGGUGUACGAAGGUAUUGGAAGCGUUACCGAAAGCAUGAUAUGUGCCGGGUAUGACGAGGGUGGCAAAGAUUCCUGCCAGGGCGAUUCUGGUGGCCCGCUCGUGUGUGAUGGUCAAUUGACUGGUGUAGUUUCAUGGGGCAAGGGAUGUGCCGAGCCGGGAUAUCCGGGAGUUUACGCAAAGGUUUCGACAGCGUACGACUGGAUUGAACAAACAGUUCACACCGCGCUGGCAUCUACCGAGCGCCCAAAUGUGGAAGCCUUUUAAUGUCGAAUCAUUUUAAUCCCGGAUUUACCGCGAGCAAAAAGUUACACAUGUCCGGUAUUAUGGAUUAUCUUUCACCGAGCUGAACGAAUUAUGACCGGAAUGUAAUGGUGUCGCAUAUAGACAGGGCGACUGCUGCGAAUAUCAAGCUCUUCUAUCCUUUCGCUUAAUUCCACUGUUUGUUGAAUAUGUGUAGCUUGUGAUAUGCUU